AUGGUAUUAUAUCAUUACAGAAAGUUCGCUGGCGGCAUAACCAGAACACAGCUAGAGACGUUUAAGUUUGGCUUCUGUCUCUUGACCCCAAUUCUUGUCAUGUACUGGGUUGGUAUCGAUUCAGAUAAAAAGUUUAACUUGCCGGGAUUUUGGCCAGAUCCUCUGACGCUUAACCAGGUUCCCAAGGAACCUCAUGAAAUUCAGGCAGAGGUGGCUCGAAUCAGAAGAGCUCGUGCUGAGAAGAGAGAGAGGUUGGAGGCAAGAGCAAGAGAGUUGGGCAUUAUGGAGGAGGACGAAUAG